ACGUUCAAGUGAACGUCGCUUCCGGGUAGAGUAGUCAAUAAAGAUGUUGUUUUGAUUCCGCCAGUGGAUAUACGUACAGUACACGACAGCUUCAUAUUUCGUCAAAUAUAGCCAAGUAUUCGCUCUUACCUGGGUUUAAUCUUUUUGCAAUUUGUUUCCCAGAAGUGUUAUUUUCCAGGAAUGGUAUGGGUCCUAAUGACCUAGCCAAUUUUUGUUAGCGCUUCUCACGCAAAUAAGCUAUCAGGCUAACAGCAGCAACGAGUAAAUGUUGAGUAUCGCCGUUGUCGCAUUGUUUAUGGUACUUAAUCACGUAUAAUGGGUUCAUUGUAGAUUAGGCAGCUCGCGGUUUCAUUGUAAAACUUUCGCCGUUAUGUGUGUCAUUUCGGGAGCUAACUAGGAGCACACGCGCGUACUCAUCGAAGCGUACGCAAUUCCACGACAGGAGUAAAUUGAAUGUUUCUUUGAGAAAAUCAUGCCAUGAUGGUGCUCCGGCGGCUCCUGAGGAAGCGCUGGGUGCUGGGUGUCGUCUUUGGACUGUCGCUCAUCUACUUCCUCACCAGCACGCUGAAACAUGAAGAGCGCACUAUAGGGGACCGCGCCCUCCUGGAGGUGAGGGACUCCGAGCAUCGCAUCCCGUGGAAGGUGCGCUUCAACCUGGGCAACAGCAGCCGGCAGAUGGGCAGAUGUCGGAACUCCAUCCAGGGCAAGACGCUGCUCACGGACGAGCUGGGUUAUGUGUGCGAGCGCAAAGACUUGCUGGUGAACAGCUGCUGCAACGUCAACGCUCCGCGAACGAGGCAGCACGUCUGCAAAAGCUGCCUGGCCAGUGGCUGCUGCAGCGUUUAUGAGUACUGCGUGUCCUGUUGCCUCCGGCCAGAUAAGCAAGCUCUCCUGGAACGCUUUCUGAACCGUGCUGCCGAAGGCUUCCAGAACCUGUUCACUGCUGUGGAGGAUGUCUUUGAGCUGUGCUUGGCCAAGUGUCGCACCUCCUCCCAAAGCGUUCAGCACGAGAACACCUACCGAAACCCUCAAGCCAAGUACUGCUACGGAGAGAGUCCGCCGGAACUCUUUCCCAUCUGAACUGUUGCCACCCAGUGGAACCACGACGGCUUCCUUUUUACCAUGAAAGCAGAUGAACUGCCAAUUUGUGAUUUACACCUCAUAAGUGCAUCCACGCUGAUUCCAUCCAGUCAUCCGUGAUGAUCUGCGGCAGCUACCGUUUGUCCAGGAUCACGCAGAUAUCAUAAUUCUGGUACUUCCUCCAAAAAUGUGGCAGGCAGAUUUCUGAUUCAUUUUUGUUAAUACCCAGAAAUGGGUAUCAAUUAAUAUUGAUAGGACAAAAUGAAGGCAAUACUAUUUACACCAUAAUAAGACAUUUUUGGGGUAAAGCACAGUUGUGCAAUUGAGGGGGAAAAACAUUGAAGGAUUAAGAGAUCAAUUGCUCUUUUUUUUGUGAGCUAUGUUUUUUUAAAUCUGUUCGGGAUAGGAGGAUGGAAAACGUACAAUUGAGAGGCAUUUUUUGUUGAAGAAAAUGAAGAAAUUAACAUUGUGACAAAAAUGAUAGGCCAUUGUGAUGAUCCGCAGUACCAUCAAAAGAUUUGGCCAAAGAUAAGACUUCAUUCUCAAGACAUUAAUGUUGUUAUCACUCAUUCAUUAACAAUUUAUUAAUUUUCACUUUUAAUGCGAACUCACAAACAAAAAUGCCCCACCAGAUAAAUAUAAGCAAAUCCACCACUAAGGUGAUGCAAUAUUUUUAUAUCGGUCCCUCCUUGAUGAAGGUCUACCUCCUCUUGAGGGCCAUCACUUAUGAAGCAAAAUAUAUUUCAGUAUACAGGGAGUCCUCCAGUUACAAACGACAUACAUUCCGACAUUGGCGAGGUGACCCGAAUUUCCCGUUAAAGUCACAAUUACGUCAAAAUAUUACGUAUAAAAAAAGUAAAAUACUGUUACGAAUUGGGUCGCAUGCAUUCUUCAGGUUGCAAUGUUGAUGUGUGGCUAUUGUGUUUUAAAUGCUGUCACUAAACGCAGCGCUUGACUGGAGUGUGAGUGAGGGAGGGAGAGAGGGGUGGAAGACUGUUCGUUUUUGUAGGCUACGGCUUAACAGUAGUCGUGUUCCCUGCUGUCUCUUGCAAAUAAAGUAUUGAAAAUGAACAAAGCUAGUGUUGUCCUUGUAAAUGCUACAAUACAUUCAAAUAAAAAAAAGGUGCUGUACUUGGCAUUACUGCUAUGAGGUGGAUGAAGAAGAAUGGGAGGAGGGGCUAAAUGGCAGAUGAGGCACAGGCUUCCUCGGUCGAGGGCAUCGUAACCGGAGGAUAUCGGAAAAUAUCGCGCAACACAUAAAUAUAUUCCCAUGUAUGAGUUUUGGCUUAUAUGUUCGAAUCGAUUGCAAAACAUGGAAAGGGGCAAUCGUGCAUAUUUUGCAAUCGGCACCCUUUAUCGUGACAUAUUUAAAAUGUAUUACAAUAUCAUACAAUGCAUUGCAAGUAAUACAUUGGUAAAUAACUUUUCCUUUCAUAAGGGAUCCUACGAGUUGUUUCCCAGCGUUAAGUGUAUCAAUGCAUGUUAAUGAAAUGACUUGAAUAAAAGUGGCUGAUGAAAA